AUGGCCGUGGUUUCACAUUCAAACGAAAAUCAUAUCAUAAACACUUCAACCGCUAAAAGUCAACCUAAAACCAAUACUGGUACCAAGUCAUUGAGCAAAGUGGGUUCUAGGGAUCAAGUGAAAAGUCUGAACCAAAAUCAAUCGUUAUCGAGAAAACCAUUAGGGACUAUCCUUGAAGCUGGGCCUAAUACUACUGUUAAAUUGGCAAAUUAUCCACUCAUGAACACUGCUAUAAUGGGUCAAAAGGAGAAAGAUCAGAAUAUUAAUAGUUCAGUAUCCUAUAACAAUGAUUCGACCAUGUUCAGUCUCUGCAGAGACUCAUCCAGCCUAACUACAUUGGACAAUACCUCUACUCAAGAUUUCAUUUCAUUUAUCAAAAGAGCCAAAACCCCCGUUUUAUUAACUGAUGAUGAAAAUGGUGGUAGUGACAAGGAAAAUAAAAAUGAAGAUAUUGAUAAUAGUGAUGUUGAUAAAGAUAAUCAUAGUCAUGGCAAUCAAAGUGAUAAUGAUAUGGAUUUGGAAACUAAUACUGUUAUUAAUUCAGAUUUAAAAGAUAUUGAAAAUAUUCCUGUAUCCACAACCGAUAAUUUAUCUUCAAGUCCUAUUUCAAUAACUUCAACAAAUACUCAUCCAGAUAUCUUAACCAUUAAUGAUGAUAUUGAAACAAAUUUACCUUCGGAUAAUAAUAUUGAUACAAAAUCUACAAAAGAUUUAAGAAGACCUAUUGGUGUAAUUGGUAAAUUAUUACCAGUCCGUAGAGAUGUUAGUGAAUUAACUUAUAGGCCAAUUAUAAGGAAAAGACGUAUAUAUAAUGAUUCAAUUUCAAGUGAAGAUUCAAAUAAAAAAUCAAAAAUAGAUAAACAAAUAUUAGAUCAUUCUCCAUCAGAUGCUAAUAUAUCAUUUGAUACUAAUGAUUUCGAAAAAGGUACACAAAAAUCAUCUUUAACAGAAACUCAACAAGAUUGGAAAGAUUUAGAUACUCCAGAAAUCAAUGAUACUUGUAUGGUUGUUGAAUAUUCAAAUGAUAUAUUUGAGUAUUUAUAUAAAAGAGAAUUAGAAACUAUACCUAAAAAUAAUUAUACCACAGAUACGAAUUCAUCAUUUUUCAUAAAGCCAACAAUGAGAGCUAUAUUAGUGGAUUGGUUAGUAGAAGUUCAUGAAAAAUUCAAUUGUUAUACUGAAACUUUAUUCUUAGCAAUUAAUUUAAUGGAUAGAUUUCUUUCUUCAAAUAAGGUCACUUUAAAUAAAUUACAAUUAUUGGCAGUUACAUCAUUAUUUAUUGCAGCUAAAUUCGAAGAAAUUAAUCUUCCGAAAUUAGAAGAAUAUUCAUAUAUUACAGAUGGCGCUGCAACUGAGAAAGAUAUCAAAGACGCUGAAAUGUAUAUGCUAACUUCUUUAAAAUUUGAGUUAGCUUGGCCAAAUCCAAUUAAUUUUUUGAGAAGAAUUUCAAAAGCUGAUGAAUAUGAUUAUCAAACAAGAAAUUUUGCCAAAUUUAUUUUAGAAUAUUCCAUUUGUACAAAUCUAUUUAUUGGUCUAAAACCUUCUUACUUGGCUGCAAUGGCAAUGUUUAUAUCAAGAAGAAUCACUGAUAGAAAUAAUAUUGUUUGGGAUAAUACAUUUAAGCAUUAUAGUGGCGGUAUAGAUCCAUUGAAUAACCCAACUUUCGUUAAAAACUGUAAAUUAUUAAUCAAAGAUAUCGCAUUCCCAUCAACUAAAUUAGAAUCUUUGAUUCUGAAAUUUAAAUCUAAGGCAUUAGGAAAUAUUUAUCCAGAUAUAUUUCAUUGGUGUAAAGAUCAAGUGGAAACAAAUUAUGAAAAUUUACUAAAUCCUUAA